UCACAAUAGCCAAACAGCUGUUAUUUAUUCUUGUUUUUAAUAAAUGUUGUCAGCUGUUGUUUAUAAUUGGAUUUGGUUUUUUUCUUAAUAUUGGAGUUAAUUUGUUUAUUUAAAUCUAAAAUGGUUAAAAGAGCUGCUGGAUUUGUUAUAUUUCGUCGUUUACGUGAUGAAAUAGAAUACUUACUAUUAAAAGCAUCCUACGGUGAUCAUCAUUGGAGUUCACCGAAAGGUCAUGUUGACCCAGGUGAAGAUGAUUAUACUACUGCUGCUCGUGAGACUAGGGAAGAAGCCGGAUAUACAGAGAAUGAUUUGAUCAUAUAUAAAGACAACCCAAUUUCCCUCAACUACGAGGUUAAAGGUAAACCUAAAGUUGUAAUAUAUUGGCUAGCCGAAUUGAAAAAUCCCUCACAGGAGGCCAUAUUAUCUGAGGAACAUACUGAACUAAAAUGGUUGACUAAAGAUGCAGCUAAAGAAAUUGUAGGCUUCAAAGACAAUCAGGAAAUGAUAGACAGAUUCCAUGAAUUUAUAUUGAGCAAGUCCAAUAAUUAGAUAUAUUUUACGAAAUUAAAUAAACUUUAAAAAUAAACUAUAAAUUUUUAAUACAAA